GUGUGUCAGGGGAUGCAGGAGCUGCCAUUCCUGCAGGCUGGUGCCUUCAUCCACACCAAUGGCUGCAUCGACAAGCUGGUUAACUGGAUCCACAGCAACUUGUUAAUGCUAGGGGGCAUCGCCCUGGGUCUGGCCAUCCCACAGCUGGUGGGGAUCCUCUUGUCUCAGAUUCUGAUCAACCAGAUAAAGGACCAGAUUGAGCUUCAGAACUACAACCUGCAGCACCGUACGGACCCUUGGCAGUGACCUGGUCAUGAUCAGGUCCUCCCCGAUCAGACUGGACCAGGACUAGGUCACCAACCCCGGGGUCACCCAGGGGGUGUGGGAGUCUGGAAUUCUACCCCCUUCUGCUGGAUGGGGCUCGAGCUUACAUGUGUCCAAAGGUCCUUUUUCAUGGAGAUGGUUUUCAUUUUCAAGGCUGCUUGAUACUUUCGAUGGUGCAAGGACUGGCUUUGAGGCCAAAGAUUCUGGUUGGAUGAUCCACCACCAUUUGACAAGAGUCGAAAUGGCGAGGUUAUCUGCUCUCUUUCUGCGUUCUUCAUUCCUGUGUCAAUGUGUGCUGGUUUUGUUUUAGCUCACCCAGUACCCCGGAUGGGAAGAGUU